UGUGAAACUGCUGUACAGGAAAUUUGUGUAGAUAAUUGUACGCUAUCUAGACUUAGUAGGGUUAGCUUAGGAAUUAAAAAAUGAAAUAUUAUCAAAAUUAUAAAAUUACAAUCCAGAAGAAUAUUAUGAAACAAAUUGGUGUUCUUGUUAUUGAUUCUCGAUGUGCAGUUAUUUACUUGUCGCAAAUUGGGAAGCUUCAGAACUACUAGUACAAUAUUCCCAGGUAGCAGACGACGAAUGAUCGACUUCACACUACCACAUGGUAUGGAUCGUUGAUAUGAGAGGAGUCGUUUGUGAUAAAUGUCACCAACUGCGUAAGUCUUUAAGCUUCCCAAUUUACUGGAAGAUGUAGGCAACUAAGCAGAGGUCACAAGAGUGGAAGCAGUCACGAGCCAUACCACUGCCUAAAAAAAGUAACAUGAUGCAGUGUCAGAACUAUGCAUGAUCACCUCAUCAUUCACCCAAGUAAAGUUUCUCAAAAGGAUUUAAAAGCGCCUCACUCCGAUGGCAGAGGGAUUACUAAGUGAUUACUAGGCUUUAUUCCAGACUGGCAGGUCACUGUUGAGCAGAUCGUCAACAGUCAAAUCGAAAACAUCUACAGCAACGUUAUGAUCUGUUAACACAACUUUAUAGAUAUUAAGAAGGCAUUUGAUAUAUAGUACUAGGGGCUAUGGAACUUACUGCUCGUUCAAUGUAGAGGAAGAUCUGGCACGCGCCUUCAAGGCACUGGACUACAGCUCUACGAGUUCGGUACCCAUCAAUUACCAAGUGGGUAAGCUUUUUUCCACGUGGUGUAUGCCAAGGAUGUAGGUUUUCCCAGAUCUAUUCACCAUUAAUUUGGGGAAAAUCAUUUUUGACACACUCCAGGACCAUCACAAAUCAGUGUCUAUGCAGGGGAGGCUACUCAGCAACCUUCGCUUUGCUGACGAAUUUAAAAUCAUGGUGGGAGGCAACAGCGUCUCAACUUAUCCUUCAAUCUGUCAUUACACUACAAAAGACAAUACAGUGUAAGGGGAUAUAUAUAUGUAUGCGUACAUACACGUGUGCAUUUGUCUGUUGGUAGCCCUGCACUACAAGAGUUUGCCAUUUACAGAAUACAAACUUUCUGUCUGUCAUUGCCUGAGGUGUCUUGGAGGACUCCAUCCACAACUCUGAGCAGUCCACAUCAAUGCACAUCCUUCGUCAGGCUUUGGCGGAACUGAACCUGACGUCCGCGGAUCUGACGCUGUCAGCCGGCACUGCGCAUGGCAUAACGUGGAGCUUUGCUGACGGUCGGACCGACAAUUGCAGCGUUGUCGUAGUGGCCGCCACGUGUCAAAGGGCUGAGAUGCUGAAAACGGCCUUCAGCAACAGUAGUCUGCCGCUGCUCGUCUACAGCGACGACAUCUGCGACCAAGCUUUCACUUUAUCUCCAUGGUCACCGACCAUGUGGACAAGGGCAGCCGUUGACGUCAUUGUAGCGCUAGGGUGGACUGACGUCAUUUUGGUGUACGACGAAACGUCACUGGAGUCACAGAGGCGGGCAUUGGUAAGAGAACUGUCUCGUCAUCAUAUUGGAGUGGUUCCUAUAGCAACCACAGGUGACAAGCUCACUACAUCCGUGGCAUCCUCAGUAACGGCGUUACGCAUCCACUUGAUUCUUGUGUGCGUUGGAUCCUCCAGUGCCGCGCUUGAUGCGGAGCAUGUAGGACACCUUGUAUACACUUUCUAUCUAUCAGAACGCAUGUCGUUCCAAAUAGUUUUGAUUCAAAAGCUCCUUCACAUUUUGACUGAAUUAUUUUAUUCCUUAUUUUUUAAAAUAUCUUUCAUCUUCGCAACAUUUAUAUUGCUGAAAAACUGUUUUUCUAUGCUUUACUCUUUUGCCUGCAUGAACUGUACAACGAGAAUUAUUCCUGGAUCGUCGUAUGUCCAGCCCUGGCAUCCUGAUCUGCAGUUUGUCUUUCAGAAUGCCAGCAACAUGGCGGUCCUCUUCAUGGCACCACAUGACUCCUCCAGACUGCAGAAGACUUGUAGUCACGUGAAUUUUACAGCAAUGGCGCUCUCCCGUGUGAAGUCUGCUUUAUCAGAGACGUUUCCAGAACUGUUUGUGUCGUCUGAUUGCAGCAGUCGGCUCGUGGAGUGCGCUGAGAACAAAAGAAACUACAGUGAAAGGCUUGAGAGGUUUAACGAGAGGCCUGAAGAGUACGUCCUGUGCGCUCAUCAACAAAGCGGUCCGCUCAGCUUCCAGCCUGUGGGCGUGUGGUCCUCUACUUCCGGUCUGACCAUAUCCAGUGAUUUCACCUUCCCCAUGCGCUUCAAAGGUUUCUAUAACAAAACUUUGCGCGUGGGAGUGUGGGAGGCCAUUCCCUUUCUGAAGCGCCUGUCCAACCAGUCCGACAACAUCGUGUACGAGGGCCUGUGUAUUGACAUUCUCCAGGAACUGUCACAGCGCCUCAACUUCUCAUAUCAGCUUAUUGAGUCCAUUGACGGCCACUUUGGGGCUCCCACUAGCAACGGAUCGUGGAAUGGAAUGAUUGCCAUGUUGAUGCGUGAUGAGCUUGAUCUGGCCAUCGGCCCGCUGACAAUCACAUCAGUUCGCGAGGCUGUCAUCGAUUUCACGGUUCCUUACAUGGAAGAUGGCGGUGGCAUCCUAACCAAGGGAGGCGAGCCCGCUCCUGACUUCCUCAACAUAUUCCGUCCCUUUCCCCUCGGCGUGUGGCUCAUCCUCUGCGCGUGCAUCAUGACGACAGGGGCAGUGUUGUUCGCCAUCUCCAAGACCGACACCGCGCGUGGGGUCAGUGGUGGACAGCACACGACCUGGAGUUUAGACGACUGCCUCUUGUUAACCUUUAGUUCUCUCGUGUCUCAAGGGUUCGAGCGACACCCCACCUGUACGCCCGCCCGACUGGUGUUGGGCUGUUGGUGGGUCUUCUCUAUCCUCAUCGUCUCCAUGUACACAGCCACAUUAGCGGCCAUGCUGACCGUUACUGUUGGUGUGGACACCAUCGACUCCAUCGACGAGCUUGCAGAGUCGUCGCUCACCCCAAUCACCUUGACGGGUAGCAACUGGGAGACAUUGUUUCUCACAGCAGAGAGCGACGUCUUUGAGAAAGUCGGGAGGAGAAUGGCCCACACCCCGGUUAUCAGAGCCGAUGCCGACGCUCUGAAGUAUGUAAUGGAAGGCUCGGCUGCUUACAUCUUGGACCUCAACAUCAUCAGAUACCUGUACAACCAGGACUGCAAACACCUGCACAUGGCCAAGAACACAUUCGUCAGUAACGGACUGGGGUUCGCCGUGCCCGAGAACGCCAACUACCGAGAACAAAUAAACGCUGUGCUUCUGAAGCUGCAGGAGAGUGGUCUGAUGGACCUGUGGCGCAACAGAUGGUGGAGAACAUUCUUGGACUGUGGUGCACAGGGUGCUUCCGUCAGAUCCAGCCAGCAACUAGACUUCAUCAGCAUAGGGGGCGUUCUCAUCUUGUACCUUGCAGUCAUCACACUUGCCAUCGUCUGCCUCCUCUCCCAGUUGUUCUACAAGCAGCGAAAAAGUUGCAGAAGUCGAAAGCUGCAAGGGUCAUCGACGAAUGUGUCGGAUGCUGUCCAUCAGUCUCAGACAAGCCAUGAAAGCAAAACAUCGGAGCACUCAAGCGAAAACACUACUCGUAAAAGUUCGCUUUCUUCUGAUGCUUGAAGAGCAUGAAAGACAAUGAAGAGAGGUUUGGUAGGUUCAAACCGUCUUUCGAGACACAGGUACAUGCUGUGGAUGAGACACUAUCAGAUGCCAUCUUCACAAUUGAAGCCAAACUGAUCAGCUAUUUGAUAAUAAAUAUCUACUGUCCUGACAUUUCACCAUCACUUAGAGACGAAGCAGAGAUUUGAAGAAUCCAUAAAACAACCUAAAGAUAUUAGAAUUUACUUGUAAUUAUAAACGAUGUAAUUAUAGACAAUUUAAAGAUCAUUAUUUAAUCAAGGUGCUAAAGAUGUGAGAGAUAUUAUUGCUGGUUCUGUAAAGUAGGAAGCAGUGAUGAUUGUGAGAAUAGACUGAUUUUUCCAUGUGAUAGGAAGUCAAGAGUUGUCUGUAACAAAAUUUUCAAGUCAGCUUCCCACAGAACCAUGUUAUGCUUUACAUAAUCAUAAGCUGGAGGAGUUUGAAAUAAAUAAGAAACACGUACUUGCUGACAGUUGUUGUAAUGAAUACAGGAACCUUUAAAAAAGCUCUUGUUGAUGAAAGGAGGGUCUACCAGGAAUCUCUUUUGUUCACCUGUCAGAUUGACAAAGACAUGUCUGUGUGACAGCAUGAAGGUGAUCCUUUGCCUUAACCUCACCUGGAAAGUUGGUUUGAAGUAAUGUGAUAAAAAAAAAAUGGUGUACCGUGCUCAAAUGAACUCUUUGCUUUUGUGAGUUGUGAGGUUUCUUCUUGUACAUGGCAUAUAUAAAUAAUAAUAAUUAUUAUUAUUAUUUUUGGCAAGUAAA